AUGCUCAUUCUUGCAAUUUUCUACUUUCGCCGUAAGAAAUUCCCAGGCGAUAAUUUGAAGACUGCUAUUGUCAGUGCCGAUAAUUUGGGUAAGUUUUCACUAAUUUAUACAUAUUGCAAAGGUGGUUUUCUCAUUGUCUUUUUACAGAUUGCAAUCAGCGAAACAAUCUUUUGAAGAUGUGUAAUAUCAUUUCAUCAAUCGUAUGUUUUUACUCGAUUUUUAUGAAAAAUUUUAUGAAAAUAUACAUCACCAAAAUUAAUUUUAGGAUGUUGUUGCGGUUGCCAAGAAUUUCCGGGAAGUUAUUGGAAAGUUUAAACCCAAGGACGUCGCCAUCACCAAUUUUCUAAAAAAUGAUGCGAAAAAUCGUUAUGGUGGAGAAAACGGUGUGCCUUGCUAUGACAAAAAUCGUGUGAUUCUUCAAAAUAGAAAGAAUGAUUAUAUCCAUGCUUCUUGGAUUAAUUUCCCAACUUCUCGCCGAUAUAUUUGCACACAGGGACCAUUGGAGAAGAAGGAUGGCAAUGACUCAACGAUUGAUGAUUUUUGGACAAUGUGUCUUCAACAAAAGGUUCAAUUUGUCGUGAUGUUGUGUAAUCCGGUUGAAGACAUGGAUGAGAAAUGCGAUGUUUACUAUCCGGUCAGCGAAAACUCUGUGAUGAAAUUGGAGAACAUGAAAGUUGUGUGCAAAAGUUUAUCAACAACAAAACUUGAAUCUGUUAAUUGGAGAGUUCUGGAAGUUUCGGACAAGAACAUGAAAAAGGACAAACCAUUGCUUAUCAAUCAUUUGCAAGUUAUGUGGUGGCCAGAUCAUAGUAUUCCCGAUCAAUCUGAUCUUGUUGUAAAGUUGCUUGAUGUUCUUCACAAGGAUAACAAGGAUCCGAAUCCAAUCGUGGUUCAUUGUAGUGCUGGUGUUGGAAGAACUGGAACAUUUGUGCUCAUCGAUUAUGCGCUCGAUCAAAUCAAAAAUGUUGAAGAUGUGACAAUUUCUGGAUGUUUUGAAUUUAUUCGAUCGAAUCGUGCGAAAGCUGUUCAAGAGGAUGUUCAAUAUAUAUUUGUCUAUCACGCCAUUAUGAGAUAUUGUGUGAUGGUAAAUUUUGUUUGGGCUCGUUGAAUUUUUCAGCUUAUAUUUUUGUUCACAGAAGGAUAUUGUAAAGGAAAGCGAUAUGCAGAAAUUUUCGAGAAUUUAUAGAGAUUUUAAGGAAAAACACAAGAAAAAAAUGGAAAAAAUCAAUCAGAAGAUGGCUGCGCAGAAGAAGUGA